UUCUCCCGGCCCAGAGGGAGGAGGGCGGCAGAUGGCGGAGGCCAGCAAGAGCAAGAGCGCCGCGGCGGCUCCUCCGCCUCCUCCCGCCGGCGGUGGCGGGGCGGCGAAGCCCUUGACGCCCGAGCAGGUGGUAGCAGGAUUUAACCGCCUCCGUCAGGAGCAGAGAGGCCUCGCUUCAAAGGCAGCUGAGCUGGAGAUGGAGCUGAAUGAACACAAGCUAGUUAUUGAAACACUCAGGGAAGUGGACCCUACCAGGAAAUGCUACCGAAUGGUAGGAGGCGUGUUGGUGGAGCGCACCGUGAAGGAGGUUCUCCCGGCCCUGGAGAACAACAAGGAGCAGAUCAACAAGAUCAUUGAGACCCUGAGCCAGCAGUUGCAGACAAAAGGCCGGGAGCUGAACGAGUUCCGGGAGAAGCACAACAUUCGCCUGAUGGGGGAAGACGACCAGAAGGCUCCUUCCAAGGAGAGCCCAGAGGGGGCGGCUGCCAAAUCCAGCUCGACAGGAGUCCUGGUCUCGUAGUGAGGAGGGUGGACUUGGAUUGAAGGACUUGACCUCCCUCAGCCCACAGUUGCAGCGUUGGAGCUCCAGAGGCUUCCCGUUAUCGUUAUGGAUGUUAUAGCGUCAUGUCUUCUGUGUUUCGUUAAAUAAAUGUUUGUUUGUUGUGGAA